AUGGAGCAGCAGCUGAACGCAAGGGCAAAGACACCUGGACAGAGAGGACUGGAGAGAAGAGCGCUGCGUGGGGAUGAGCCAAAUCCAGCCCAGCAGGGGCCCCGCAACACCGUGCAGGCGUUGCGGGAUGGAGUUGGGACCCACAAGACUAGCUGCCAGGCUGAUGAAGAAGCAGCCUUCUCUGACUGUUACAUAGAGUGCAUCGUAAGAGGCGAGUUUUCUGAACCCAUCCUGGACGAGGAUAUACUUGUGAAGUCCUUUAAGUACCUGAAAAAAGGAUCAGAGCAAACGCGUUCUCAACAGGUUCUUCCAGCAAGCUCACUUCCUGAGUGUUCCUCGCAAUAUACAAUCGAAGGGGCAAAACCAGAAUUUUCUCAACAGACUGUUGGAGAGAAAUCAUUUGCUGAGUAUCCUGAGCGUAUGACAGGCAAGAAGCUUCCUCCUGGAGAAAUACCCAGCACUGACAAUGAGUGUCAAGUUAAUAAAGAUGGUAAACAGCUUGCGGUAUUUGCCAGAUAUGAGCCAAGAGCAAAUGUAGGAUACCCUGCUCCAGGAGCAAUUGCUUGUCCUCACAGUGGAUGCACGAGAGAGCUGAAGAAUAGAGAUGCGCUGAGAAAGCAUGUCCUCUUUGUUCAUGGUCCCCGAAAUCACGUGUGUGCUGAAUGUGGGAAAGCGUUUGCUGAGAAAUCAAAGCUAACAAGGCAUUUUAUGGCUCAUACUGGAGAGAGGCCUUUUCGGUGCACUUUUAAGGGGUGUGGAAAACGCUUUUCCCUGGCCUACAAUUUGCGUACACAUGUACGCAUCCACACUGGGGAGAAAAGUUUUAUGUGCACCUUUGAAGGCUGUCGGAAGAGCUUUGUGCAGUCAAAUAACCUGAAAAGUCACAUCUUCACUCAUAUAAAACCAAACAUAAUCAAUGAAAAAGAAGAUGGAAAAUAA